AUGGGGUCUGGCUUCCGUGAGGGGCUGGGAGCCUUGCCAGCCGGGAGAACGCCACGCCUUUCUAUCAGAGCCAGAGACACGUGCGCCCUACACCCUCCCCUGAGAGAGGUGCGCACAGCGCCAGCCCGGUGCUCUCGGACUGGAAAGACCAGGCACUCCCAGCCUGGGCCAGCGGGAAAAUCUCAGCAUAAGGCACAGCAGAUGAAGAAACUUGUUGAAGAAAGUCACACAGAAAGUGGCUAUUGGCGGAAGGAGAAGUUCCUGCCUUUGUCUGUCACUCUGGAUCGGUCUGCAGAUCCAAACCUUGCUGUUUCUAAUGAAAAGUCUUGUGUGACCUGGAAGGAUACAACUAAGGACCCAGGAAAACACUGUAGCAUCUUAAGUCAGGAAGGCAUCACAUCAGGGCGCUGUGUCUGGGUGGUGGAUAUCAGGAAUGGAGACAGAAGUGAAUGGUCUCUGGGUGUCUGUAGAAGAGAUGUAGAGAGGACAUACUGGUACCAAGAGUGCCCAGGAGGGGGGUUCUGGGCUGUGGGAGUAUGUUUGCAAAAUUACUGUGCAUAUCCCAACUUUGUGAUUCUGCUAUUCUGUAGACAAGUUCCUCACAUGGUGGGGGUUUUCCUGGAUGUUGGAGGAGAUGUCUCCUUCUACAAUAUGACUGAUGACUCCCAUACAUUCUUCUUCCCUCUAGCUUCCUCCUCUGGGACUCUGUUUCCAAACUUGAUGUUGAAGUCAGGAGACAUGUCCCUCACCAUCUGCUCUGUGGUGGGUGGGCCUGCAGAUACCCCUGUGCCCCUUCCUUCUCCUUUGGAGGAUCCUAUGAGCCUCUCAGGGCAAGGGCUCAGGUCAGGCUCUGAUGUUGAUGGUGCUCUUCCAGGGGCUGAAUCUCCAUUACUCCCCUGCAGCCCUGAAGUUAUGUUCCCGUAG